GGUUCGACUCCGGCUCAGAGACAUUGUAUCAGUGCUUCGCAGGCUCAAGAGGUCGUCAAGGCUGCUAUUGACCAGUCAAAUGCAAUUGGUGUUCCGAACGACAUCGCCGUGGUUGAUCCGUCCGCUCAGCUCGUAGCUUUCCUGCGCAUGGACAAUAAUGCAUACCUCGCAAGUGUGGUCAUCAGCAUCAAGAAAGCCAAGACAGUUGCACUCUUCAACGGCCUCUUCCCUUCAUACGGCUUCUAUAAGCGAUCACAGCCUGGCCCAAUGAACGACUUGUAUGCGAUCCAGGAGACUAAUGAUGGGUUAGUCGUUUUCGGUGGCGGUCAGCCAAUUUACGACUACGAGGGAUACUUCAUAGGCGCAGUUGGAAUCAGCGGUGGUAGCGUCCAGCAAGACGUGAAUGUGAGCGUUACUGCAGCGGAGGCUAUUGGCGGCACAUUGCAAAUGGCGCCGUUCUUGGUGAAUGCAGUGUAG